AUAAUAGGGGAAUUCCCCAACAGUCCUUUUCUCUAAACAAAUGCAUGAUUGAAGGAAUUUUCCUUUUCUUGAUCAUCUUUCGUAUUAUCAAGAUUUGAUUAGAGUGGCCUCAUAUCUUUUAUAUAUUCUUUCCUCAUACUUUACUGAACCAGUGGCAGGCAUGUUACUUCUCUUUACUCUUAUGCUGCCAAACCUUCUGGUUUUCUUGGCUGAUAGGUUCCGACACAAGGCGUGAGUAAGUGCAGUUGUUUGAAAGAAUGAGGAUAAGUGUUAUGUGAGGCUUACUUACACAUAUGAAAACAACACAAAACCCAAACCAAGAAAACGAUUUUUUUUUGGGUUUGAAUCUUUCUGAACUUUCAGAUCAUUCCUAACUCCCAUUUACCCUUUACUAACCCCUUUCAGAUUAUAAUCAGUAGCUAUUUUUGGCAACUGGGCAUUUGAUUUGUGCCUUGGACAGUUGGAUUGGAUGGAGGCAAGGGCAAGGAUUGCUUUUUUUUGUUCUGUGGUAUUGUCUUGCUUAUGGACACCUGUUUGCGGAUUACUAUCUUCCAAAGGUGUCAACUAUGAAGUGCAAGCUUUGAUGAGCAUUAAGAAUUCACUGAAUGAUCCUCAUAAUGUUCUCAACUGGGACGCAAAUGCUGUGGAUCCAUGCAGCUGGACUAUGAUCACUUGUUCUCCUGAUGGUCUGGUUACCGGCCUAGGAGCUCCUAGCCAAAGUUUAUCCGGCACUCUUUCACCAAGCAUAGGAAACUUGACAAAUCUCCAGCUUGUGCUGCUGCAGAACAACAACAUUACAGGGCAUAUACCCUCUGAGUUUGGGAGGCUUUCAAAGCUCAAAACACUUGAUCUUUCUAAUAACUUCUUCAGUUGUCAAAUUCCCAAUUCUCUAUCCAAUCUGAAAAACAUCCAAUACUUGAGGCUAAACAAUAACAGUCUGUAUGGACCAAUUCCUUCCUCUUUAGCUAACAUGACACAACUUUCCUUUCUGGACUUGUCUUACAAUAAUCUGAGUCCUCCUGUACCUAGUUUUCAUGCUAAAACCUCCAACAUUGUAGGAAACCCUCUGAUAUGUGGAACUGCAAAAGGCUGUCCUGGAUCAAUACCGACUCCACAAUCUUUGUUCUUGAAUGGCUCACAAAACUCUCAACCUUCUGGAAGUGGGAAGGGCCACAAAAUUGCCUUGGCCUUUGGUUCAAGCUUGGGUUGUGUCUGCCUGUUGAUUCUUGGAUUCGGUUUUCUUAUAUGGUGGAGACAAAGACACCACAAGCAAAUAUUCUUUGAUGUUAAUGAACAACGUCAUGAAGAACUCAACCUUGGAAACCUGAAGAGAUUUCAAUUCAAAGAAAUUCAGGCAGCUACAAACAACUUCAGCAGGAAGAACCUGAUAGGAGAAGGUGGUUUUGGAAAUGUUUACAAAGGGUGUCUCCAAGAUGGAACAGUUGUAGCUGUUAAAAGACUCAAGGAUGGAAAUGCUAUUGCUGGUGAGAUCCAAUUUCAAAGAGAAGUAGAGAUGAUCAGCCUAGCAGUGCAUCGCAAUCUCCUCCGCCUUUAUGGAUUUUGCAUGACAUCAACUGAAAGGCUGUUGAUUUACCCUUACAUGUCCAAUGGGAGCGUCGCUACUCGUUUCAAGGCCAAACCAACCUUGGACUGGGGCACAAGGAAAAGAAUUGCCUUGGGAGCUGCAAGAGGUUUAUUGUACUUGCACGAGCAGUGUGACCCCAAGAUAAUUCACAGGGAUGUUAAGGCUGCAAAUAUAUUGCUUGAUGACUACUGUGAAGCUGUUGUAGGAGAUUUUGGAUUGGCAAAGCUAUUAGAUCACCGAGACUCACAUGUGACCACAGCUGUGAGAGGUACUAUGGGACACAUAGCCCCGGAGUAUCUCUCAACAGGUCAAUCCUCUGAGAAAACAGAUGUUUUUGGGUUUGGAAUUCUUUUACUUGAAUUAAUAUCUGGCUUACGAGCUAUGGAUUUUGGGAAGUCAGCAAACAGGAAAGGAGCUAUACUUGACUGGGUAAAGAAGAUUCAUCAGGAAAACAAGCUUGAGUUUUUAGUUGACAAGGAUCUGAAAAACAACUACGAUCGAAUUGAGCUGGAAGAAAUGGUUCGGGUGGCUCUGCUAUGUAUCCAAUACCUUCCGAGUCACAGACCUAAAAUGUCAGAAGUGGUUCGGAUGCUAGAAGGAGAUGGACUUGCAGAGAAAUGGGAAGCAUCUCAGAGAGCCGAAUCAACCAGAUCAAGAGCCAAUGAGUUCUCAUCUUCAGAGCGAUACUCUGAUCUUACUGAUGACUCUUCAUUGCUCGUCCAAGCAAUGGAGCUCUCUGGACCCAGGUGACAUGAUUCUCAAAAAGAUGGAAAAUCACUUUAAUUAAUUUGAAAUGGGGAAAAAAAAAAUCUAUGAUAGCAUCCGUGUGAAAACAAACUUGUAUAUUAGCAAACAUAUUGGAGCUCUAAAGCUUUGUGUCAAAUUUUCUGACUGUACAGAAUCAGGAUUUGAAAAUGACAAUGACAUAUAGUUGAGUGAUACAUGUCUUUCUUUUCCUGUUUGAGUGAAGAUUUUUUCUUCUUUUGGGAGAUUUUCGGCUGGGGUUUCUUGUAAUAAUUUUCCUUCAAUAAAAAUUUUGUUUCUUUUUAAAAA